AUGGUUGGCGGGCACCAGCAUCACCACCAGCUGCAGCAGCUGCUGCGGUUCUUUGAUUUGCCUCCUACUUGCCGCUGCAGACGCACCGUUCGCAUGCGGUACCUGCUUCUGGCGAAGCAGCGGCACCCAGACCAGCAGCCUGCUGCACGUGCAGCAGUGGCAACAGCAGACUUCGCGUUGUUACAGUGUAACUAUGAGCGGCUUCAGGACCUCCUGGCAGAGGAGCGGUCAAGAGGGACGCCCCAGUCCGAGCAGGGGGCCUCGUAUCAGCAGCAGUGGGAGCAGAGAGGGAGACAAAGUGACUGGCAGCGUCAUCAGCAGCACCAUGGCGCUGCCUACAGAGAGCAGUGGUGGUAUCAGCAGCGGCAGGAGCAGAGGCAGCGGUGGGAGCAGUGGGAGGAUCAGCAGCGGGGCUGGCAACAGCAGCAAACGCCUAAGUGGGGGUAUUGGCAGCAGCAGCAGCAGCAGCAGCAGAAGCGUUUCUUCCAUAUGCCCAUCGUUUGUGUAGCACGCGGCUUUGGCUUGGCCUUUGGUCUGACUGCUGCCUAUUGGCUGACAGCUCCGGUUCGCAGAUCCGCCAGGCGCAGCAACAGCUUGGGUAGCAGCAGCAACGGUGCAAGCGAGAGGCGACGGCUUCUCCAGCAGCAGCGGCAGCAGCAGCGGCAGCAGCAGCUGCACCAGUUUCGCAUGCGAAAGCAGAAUAGCCUCGCCGAGUCCAGACGCGACCAGCUUCACAGGCACAUGCACCCCAUGUCGGGUGAAGGAGAGGCCUCUUUUUCUUCUGUCCGAGGGAUCGGCGGAGACAUCAAGAAGAAGCGGAGGCAGAGCAGCGGGAGCCAGCCCAGCGUGGUUGCUACUAGGCCAGUUGUCGAGGCUGCGUUCUCGGAUACGCUGGCAGACAAGGCUUUUUCCGACGGCGAAAUCAGCAGCGGCGGCAGUGCAAGUCUGCCGCGCGAUCCACGAGCCUGGAGGGAGGAGCUGGUAAGGAUUGGCCAUCUGGUGCAGCAGCUCCACACGGACGCUGAGGGCAGCAGCAGUACAUACGGCAGUAGUGUGGCGCUGCAGUCGGAAGAGCCGUGGCUGUCUGACACGCCACUGGCUGGCGGCAGCAGCAGCAGACAUGGGAAUGCAGCGGGUAGGAGAGUCUAUGGACGCGGUGAAGAGGAAGCGUUUCGGAGGGAUCCUCAAGAGCCACAAAAAGCAGCAGCAGGACCAGCAGAAGUAACAACAGUUCCGCCGUGCUCCCGGCGUAGCAAGAGCGCAGGCAACGUGCUCGAGAAAGACGCAUUCUAUGCGACACGGUACAUACACCGUGGAGUAAGGGUGAUGCGACGCCGCAGCUCGGAGAACCUUCCCGCUGAGGAGCGAGCGAGCGAGACUGACCAGCGGGGGCCUGUGCAACAGCGCGCAGAGGACAAGCGGCAGCUGCAGGGAGAGCUGCAGCUGGUGGAGCAGCAGCCUCGCGCUGAACCCCCCCGGAACAUGCCAAUCCAAAACACCGCUGCACUUGGUACAGCAGCACAAACAGGCGCACCCUACGGCGCGGCAUUAACAUGCCCCGUUGCUAGAGGCCUAAUGUGA